CCCCCUUGCCGUUCCGUUUCAGAAAUACUGCAUUACCUGGAAUGGCGUGAUAAGUUCGUUUACGUACUCGUACGUACAAUUACACACGUUCUAGCCCAUCGCUUAGGUACUUGUACCAACAUAACGUGAGGCUGCUCGUGAAAUGGGGUAAUGUGGCGACGAAGGUACGACAUCACCCAUCAAUUGGGGAUCUGGCUUUUAAAAGCGACUACACCUGCUGUGUUUGGCUGGAGCUCCUCCGGCAACAAAGAUUGGAUCAACAACGAAUAUCACAGCUCGAGCCGUUCCUUCACUUCACCUGGACGAAAUAAUAAACACGCAGACCCAACCCGAGCAGCUCGCCACCAUCCAGGAUGGCGUGGACAAAGUCGACGCGGAUUAUUGUGAUGCUGGUGAUUGAUAUCACCUUCUUCAUCAUCGAAUUGGGUGUUGGGAUCUGGGUGGGAUCGCUGGCGUUGAUGGCUGACGCCUUUCACAUGCUGAACGAUAUUAUAUCUCUACUCGUCGGACUAUGGGCUGUGAAAGCUGCCCAGAAGUCUAGCUCGGACAAAUAUUCUUUUGGUUGGUUACGAGCAGAAAUCCUAGGUGCCUUCUUCAACGCUGUAUUCCUGAUUGCCCUGUGUCUCUCUAUCAUCCUUGAGGCCAUUACGAGAUUCGUCAACAUUGCGAUUAUCACAAACCCACAACUCAUCUUGAUUGUUGGCUCAUUGGGCCUGGCUUCGAAUAUCGUGGGUUUCUUCGUUCUCGGUGGACAUGGACAUUCACACGGACCUGAAGAGCACGCACACGGCGACGAGGGACAUACCCAUGAUGACGAAGUUAGAACAGCUGAGGAGGGACAAAUGGGGAUAAACAUCACCUCGACCGAUGCUGCUGAUGAGACCGGGAGGGUUGCAGAUGUUCUCCCAGAAGCUGCGGUCUCACAAGCCACACGAACUCCCAGACGCUCCACGGAGUCAGGGAGGGAAAGACGAGCCAAGUUUACCAGCUCCGAUGAGACGGCCAGUACUUCCAAUGGUAGCGAUCUAUCAGUUUCUCUAGGUAGAUACAGCAAUAAGUCGCUUCGCAACAAACGCCCCAAGGUCCGCUCCAGCAGCAUGACAAGCCGCCUCGCGUCUGAUAUCAAUAUCCACCCCGCCAGUUUCCGCCAGGAGAUCAUCGAAGCAAGCCGCAACUCCCUAGACGACAUUCAAAGCGCAGACGACCUCGAAUCCCCCGGCCCCUCAUCCCCAACGGGUGAGCAAACCGAGCCAAACGAGCACUCUCCACUCCGACCCUCUUCAUCAGAUGGCCUCAAGCCAGCCGGAGGUAACGGCUACGGCUAUCAAGCUAUCCGCCAGGACUCAUGGCACGACGGCCACAACCACAACAAGCCCAGGGAGGAUGGCGGCGGAGGUCACGGCCACAGCCACGCCGACCUAGGCAUGCGCGCCAUGGUCCUCCACGUCAUCGGCGACGCCCUCGGCAACGUCGGCGUCAUCGUCUCCGCGCUCAUAAUCUGGCUCACCGACUCCCCAAACCGCUUCUACGCCGACCCCGCCGUCUCCCUCUUCAUCACCAUCAUCAUCCUGCGCUCCGCCAUCCCCCUAACCUCCGCGACUGCCAAGAUCCUCCUCCAAGCCACCCCUGACCACCUCGAUGUCAACGAUAUCAAGGAAGACAUCCAGAAUAUCCCCGGAGUCGUCUCCUGCCAUCACGUACACAUCUGGCAGCUCUCAGACUCUCAGAUCAUCGCUAGCUUGCAUAUCCAGAUCGCUUUCCAUAUCUCCGCUGAGGGCGGCGCGGCACGCUACAUGGAGGUCUGCCAGGCCGUCCGAAAGUGUCUUCACGCAUACGGCAUCCACAGCGCUACCAUCCAGCCCGAGUUCUGCCUCGAUAGAGCGCACGACCACGGUGACGCCAACGGUGGAGGGUUGGACGGCGAUAGCACCGCCCGCGCCACGCCAGUGGAUGAGUGUCUCCUGGAAUGCGUGGACGAUUGCGUAGGGAAGAGCUGCUGCUCUACCAAAAGCCCACCGGCGACGCUUUCCGGGGGUCAGAAUGGGGGCGGAGGAUCACGGGGCAGUGUAUCGCAGGGAAGCAGUAGCCACGGGCACGCGCACCCGGACUCCAGCCCUGACCACUCGCACGACGGGCACGCGCAUUAGUCUUUGCCAAGUAUUGGGUCUUGGAGGGAUUUUAUUGUUACGUUAUUAAUAACUUAUCUUGGCAUGAAAAGUCUCAGCUAGCUACAGGGCUGCAUGGUUACAGAGCUAGCUGUGCUGAUAUGGUGCCACACACUCUCUUGUUGUUUUUCUUUACUUUUCUCUCCUACGGCAGGCGGCCACCGGCGUUUGUUUUUAAGCAAAUUGUCGGGAUAAGAGUUUUGGCGUUUUGGGCUGCGAUGGUGAUCUGCGUUUCAAAAAAAAAAGGGGGGGGGUAGACUAAAACUACUGUAGCGAUACUUGCGGUGACUUAAUACAGCAUAUUGCACGUCAUGGAGUUCUUGUGGCCAACCACGCGUAGGGGACUGAUUGUCGAUAUUGUCACCGGUAGGAGAUGUAUUGCUAUUCGCGUUCCCUGGUGACUCUUCUUCCCCAUUGCCCCCAUUACCCCCCUUGUAAGCUGAGGGCCUUGCGAGUUCCUCGCCAAUGAGGCUGGCGAAGAGUAACCUACUCCGUGCCGUGGAUAAUAAUUGCUAUGAUCUAACCACCCAAGCCCUGGCACCUCUUUCAGGAUUGGAGAGGCGGACGAAAAACCAUGAGAAAAAUGCGGGGGAUAGUAUCUGCAGGGGUCAGUUAAUAAGAGGCAGUUUUCACAUCCCAUAUUCUAGAGAAUGUAAGAGGAAGCGCAGGAAUUUAUACUGGGUAUUAGGCGUCUAUUUCCUGGUGCUGGCGAUGUUUCAAUAAGGCUUGAUACCUAAAGUAAGAUGAGUGCUGAGAAGCAAAACGCCCCGACCACAGCUAGACGACGUGGCCGCAGAGAAAAUGCCACAAUAAGGGGCACAAGUCUGGCAACAUGCACCUUCAAAGGCG